AUGACGCAACAACCUAUGCCAAGAAGGAAAAGGUUUAUACCCAAAUAUGAUGUUGAAGGUGUAUACAAAAUUGCUUUGGGCGAAGACACCCAAAUUCAAAUUGAAAUGGUUAUUGGAACGCAUGUUAAUGCUCAAUAUCCCUGGAAAUCAAUAAGCAAAUCAAAGCUAAUGGAAACUAUUGAUCUGGGAGGGGAAUUGUCCGAACUUUUCCCACUAAAAGCGCAACUCGAAGCCUAUCCUGGUGAGGAAGUGUUGAUGGGCUAUAUAUCUGAUGAAUCAAAAGACGUUGAUGAAUUUUAUGUUUGCUGUACCAUUGAGGCUAAGGAUCAUUGCAAACAACAGUCCGAUAGAUUUAUUAAACGCCAGGAGAAAAAAUUAGAGAAAGCUGUUCAAAAAAAGCCCAGGCCAUGGAAAAGCUUAGGCAGUGAAGUUGAAAUUAAAGAAUUGCUACCUAUUAAUGCCAGACCUCUCUUAGAAAUGGAGAUUCGCGUUAAAUUUCCUAAGGGAUAUGCGCCUAAAAGUCUUAAGGUUAGAGAUACCAAUGCAAGUAGAGACGGUUAUAUAGAAUUAACACCUUAUAGACAAAAAUUUAACAAUAUAUUUAGACGGAGAGUAGAUUGUGCAUCACAAAUAACACCUGCCCUUGUAAACGAUUACGCACAAACUGUGUUAAAGUACCCACAAAAUAUGUGGACACAAUCUAUAGCAGAUGCAUUAGGAAAAGUUGAUGAUAAAAAUGCUGGUGGAGAUACUGGAAACGAAGGUGGUGGAUUGCCUGCUGAAAAAGAUGCCCAAAGUUCAGACGAAGGUGAAGAAGAUGUCGCAGACACAUCAGAUGAGGUCGGCCUGAUAGCUUAUAAAAACGCCCUACAACGAAUGAGAAGACCAUCUUACAUAAAGAAAAUUAAUAGUUUUAUGAAUACAAUAAAUUCUGAAAUGAACUCUAUAGUAGAACUUAAUACAGUAAUGGAUAUGUAUUGCAAUGAUUAUCCAAAUUUAGUAUCUGAACAAGCAGUAGACGUUUAUGAUACCAUGACAUUUGACGAAUACGUAUGUUUUACCGAUGUGAGAGCAAAAGAUAAGUAUGUCUCAUGUGCUGUGUUUCAUCCAAUGUGGUCUGGUAUAGUAGCAAUUUGCUAUGCAGAUGGAUCUCCAACAGUAAUUAAAACAGCAAGUUCGCGAGCAGAUCCUAUUCAAAGAGCUGUGUAUGGUAUAAAUCCAGUUUUAAUUUGGAGUCAUAUCGAUAGCUUAAUUCCAAAGCUCACUCUGGAAUCUCCUCGAGAGGUUAAAAUACUUUCAUUUUGCCCAUUCAAUGAAAAUAUUUUAAUUGGGGGCUGUAUAAAUGGACAAAUAAUUUUAUGGGAUUUAUCCAAUAAGUUAGAAAACGUUGAAAAAAUGGAAGUAUUAAGCGAAAAAAGAGAAAAGUACCGAAUAGCUAUGAAUGCUCACAUGGGUUGGAUGAAAAAUGUACAAGAUAAUGCUGUUGUUCAGCCUACCGCUUUAACAAAUUUAGUGACGAGCCACUAUGGUCCUAUCACAUCGAUUAAUUGGCUUUCACCUAACUUUACUAUAACACCUACUGGAAAAUCUAUAUUUAACAAGGAUAAUAAGAAAUCACUAAUGUUUUUCAGUGGUUCGGACGAUGGUGUAAUAUUGAUAUGGAAUCUUUCCGUAGAAAAUGUAACUCAAUUUGAAGGCAAAAAAGUGAAAAAAUCGAAAAGAGUCCCUAAGAGACCUUCCGGGUUACUUGUUGAUGUAUCUGAAUUUAAAGUUUUGGAUCGAGUUUUACAACCGUGUUAUAAAAUAGUUCUUGGUGCGGCUGGACAACCACAAACAUUGCCACUGCAAAGCUUUGGAAUGGAUGCACCAAAUAUUAAAUACAUUUAUACCCCAAAAAACACAGGGUCUGGCCGUACAUACUAUACAUUUGACAUAGCACGACAAUGUGAGGCUGAUAAUAAUACAAUAUUGUACUGUGGAUCUCAACAUGGUGAGCUAAUAAAAAUAACAUGGGAAGGACAUGAAUUUAAUACUGGAGAAGUUGUGAAUUCGGAAUACGCUGAUAUCAGCUACAGCUGUUGUAUACAUGAUGGAAUCAUAACUUCAACUGAAAAGAAUCCUUUCAUUAAUCAUGUAACACUCACAGUUGGAGGUAAAAUAUUAGCAAUUUGGUCCGAUAAACUAUUAAACAAACCUUUGACGUGGAAAAAGCGGCCAUAUAGAUUAACUGCGGGUAUUUGGUCUUUAUAUAAGCCUAGUUUAUUCUUUGUUACUACAUCUGAAGGUGAUUUAGAGACUUGGGACUUGUUGUUGAGAAGUGAUCAGCCAAUCGCCAUACAAACAUUAUCUGGUAAUAUGCUCACAGGUAUUAGCUUACAUACACUUCCAGUAGCAAAAAAUAUGAUUGGUGUAAGCGAUGUCAAUGGAUCAUUUAGAUUAUUUCUCGAUCCACCCAUAUUUAUGAUUGAAAAUCCUAACUAUACAGGAAGAAUGGAAGCAACAAUAAUACGUGAAUUAAAAGUUAUGCAAUCGUUUAUGGCUUGGCAAAGAGAGUGGAUGUUGAACAAUCCUCAUAUUUUACAAGAAAUGAAAAGAAAGGAAGGAGCUCUAUUAGCACUGAAAGAAGAAGAAAAACGAAAAGAAAGAGAGGAAGAAGAAAGGAGAUUAGAAGAAGAAGCGGAAGCGCGAAGACAAGAAAAGUCCAAAGUAGUGGGCCCAGAGGAAAGAUGGCAACAAAUUAUACAAAAACUAAUCGAAAGAACCAUUGCAGUUAAAAAAAGAAUUAACAGAACUGAACUUAUAGAACACGAAAAGCCCCUAAGAGAAUUAGAAGCCCAGCGCUUAGAAAAAGAAAGGAGAAUGUUAGAAAUAAUGAAAAACCAGAAGACUAUUUUUAAUGACACUGUUGCUAUUCUAUUUCCUGAAGCUAUAAAAAAAGAAGAAAAGAUUAAAAAGAGUUUGCUACUGGAUACCAAAAGUAAUCUAAAAAAAUCGUAUUUAGAAGAAUAUACGAAUCUUAAAAAUAAUUCAUUAGCUACCGUCCGUGACAACCCAUUUACAACCGCAUUUUCAUGGGACUCAACUGUAGCAGAAGGAACAGAAAGAAGACAAGCACUCAAUGCUCACGAAGAUUUCAUUAAACUUCACCAAUUGAGGUUAAAUGAAGAAGGGAUAACCCCACCACCUCAACCUGUGACUGUAAAAGAAGUUGAAGAACUUUCAGAGGACCUAGGAGAAGAGAAAGAAUAG